CUAUUUGAUACCCCAAUCAAGGAAAUAUUUCGCUAUUGUGGUCAGCCGUACACUAAACCAUUCCUCCAUCUUCUCCAUCUCCUCCACUUCUUCAUUACAAUACAAACAUUUUCCAUUUUCCUCUGCAACUGUUACAUCACCACCAACCUCAUCAGAUUUCCUUUCCUUCCAGAAACCCUGAUCGGCCAGUGACCGGAAAAAGAAAAUGAUUUGGAUCUUCAAGACUUGUCUCAGCCUUUCUCGAAGCCUGUCUAAACCCACCCACCACCCUCUCCUCCACCUCCGCCUCCUCUUCCUCUUUGUCCCUACCUAAACACCUCCAACACCUCUAAAAUCCAAAACACCCCACAAACCUUAUUUCCCUCAAAAUUCCCAAGAAAACACAAACCUUAAUUUCCUCAAAUAAACAAGCUUUCUUUAAAAAGAAAAAACUUGCUCGGAAACUGGAUUUUUUCCAUAACUGAAGACAAUCUUUUUCCUACGAGUUCUUCAAAUCAAUGUUAUUUGAACCUCAACCUCUGCUCGUCAUGGCAAGAAUCUAAAUUCUUGCUCACUUACUGUGUUCUGUUUGAAGAGAAAAACUCAUUUUUUAAAAAAGUUUUUUGCUUCGAAGAAAGCAAAUUCUUGGUUAUUGCAAAUCGUGUAAGUCAAUGUCAACUCAAUCAACACCAAUACUUUCCGUCUUAACAGAAGAUUUACUCAUUCGGGUCAAUGAGAAACUCGUCCAAGACUCAGAUCGCAAGAUAUGGAGGCUCAUUUGCAAAGAAUUCCAUCGAGUUGACUCCAUCACACGCAAAACUCUACGCGUCCUUCAUGUCGAGUUCUUACCGACUCUCCUCAAGAACUACACCAAUCUCCACACGCUAGACCUAUCAGUCUGUCCAUGUAUCGCGGAUGGAACGAUAACAUUGUUACUACAUCGUGUUGAUCACUCGAUGUGGGCAAGGAACUUGAAGUUUUUGAACUUGAGGAGGGCUAAUGGGCUGAAGUUUGCGGGAUUGGAAAUGUUGGUGGGUGCCUGUAAGGGUUUGGAGAGUGUUGAUGUGUCUUAUUGUUGUGGGUUUGGUGAUAGGGAGGCAGCAGCGAUAUCAGGUUGUGGAGGACUGAAGGAGUUGAGGAUGGAUAAGUGUUUAGGAGUUAGUGAUGUUGGAUUGGCUAAGAUUGUUGUUGGGUGUGGGAGAUUGGUGAGGUUGAGUUUGAAGUGGUGUAUGGAGAUAAGUGAUCUUGGUGUUGAGCUUUUGUGCAAGAAGUGCUUGGAGUUGAAGUUUCUAGAUGUUUCUUAUCUCAAGGUGACAAGCGACUCACUUCGUUCUAUUGCUGCCUUGCCAAAGCUAGAGGAUUUGGCUAUGGUGGGAUGCCCUUUAGUGAAUGAUGUUGGAUUGCAAUUUCUUGAAAAUGGAUGCCCUUUACUACAGAAAAUUGAUGUUUCAAGGUGUGAUUGUGUUAGUUCAUACGGGUUAAGUGCCUUAAUUAGAGGACAUAAUGGUCUUCUACAGAUUGAUGCAGGUUACACCAUUUCAGAAUUUUCUGCAAACUUUGUUGACUGCAUGCAGGAAUUGAAGAAUCUGAACACCAUCAUUAUUGACGGGGCUCGAGUUUCUGACACUGUUUUCCAGACAAUCAGCAAUAAUUGCAGGUCUUUAAUCGAAAUUGGGUUGAGCAAAUGCACAGGGGUCACCAAUACGGGAAUUAUGCAGCUGGUAUCUGGCUGUGUCAAUUUGAAGACCAUCAAUUUAACAUGUUGCCGUUCCAUAACCGAUGCUGCAAUUUCUGCUAUUGCAGACUCUUGCAGGAACCUUUUGUGCCUGAAGUUAGAGUCUUGUAAUAUGAUCACUGAGAAGAGUCUUGAACAGCUUGGAUCACAUUGCACGCUACUUGAAGAGCUCGAUCUCACUGACUGUUUUGGCAUAAAUGACAGAGGGCUUGAGCACCUUUCUAGAUGUUCCAGACUUCUAUGUUUGAAAUUAGGACUUUGCACCAACAUAUCAGACACAGGUCUUUUUUAUAUUGCUUCCAAUUGUUCACAGCUUCAUGAACUUGAUCUAUACCGCUGUAUGGGCAUCGGAGAUGAUGGUUUAGCAGCUUUAUCAAGUGGCUGCAAGAAGUUAAGGAAGCUGAACUUGUCAUACUGCAUUGAGGUCAGAGACAAAGGGAUGGAGUCUCUUGGCUAUCUGGAGGAACUCUCCAACCUGGAGCUGAGAGCGCUUGAUAAAAUUACGGGCGUAGGUUUGACAGCAUUGGUGACCAGGUGUAAGAGACUGGCAUAUUUGGACCUAAAACGUUGCAAGAAAGUUGAUGAUACUGGGUUUUGGGCACUUGCCUAUUACUCACGGAACUUGCGACAGAUAAAUUUGAGCUACUGUUCCAUCACAGACAUGGCAUUAUGCAUGGUGAUGGGAAAUUUGACACGCCUGCAAGACGCAGAUCUGGUGCACCUCAGGAAUGUCACUGUGGAGGGGUUCGACCUUGCACUUAGAGCCUGCUGUGUCCGAAUCAAGAAGGUCAAGCUAGUUGCUGCUCUUGGUUUCUUACUCUCCUCUGAAGUACUGGGGAUUUUGCACGCCGGAGGUUGCAGAAUUAGAUGGGAUUAGAACAGUAUUAGGAGAGCAUUAUAAAGGCUUUAUGCCGUCUUAGGGUUUAUAACAUCACAUGCUGUAUCUUUUUUUAUGCUGUCAUGAAGUAUUUCAUGGCCUAUAGAACAUGUCGUUCAUAAUUGAAAGGGUGUACCUUAAUCACUCUGUCUAAGACUUCAAGCAAUAAUAAGUUGAAGUUGACUGGUGAGAUCAA